CCCCCCAGCCACCGGCUCUAUGGCAGCGUGAGGAGUAUGGCUCUGAGUAUCCGUGGUGGAAACCGACCUAAACACUGGUCUGGGAACUGAUAAACAAACGCAACAAAUAACGCGGUGCGUAAAAGCUCUCCACGGCGCUGGUUGUGGGUGCGCACGGACACUGUGCCAGCAGUCCAAGAAUCCAAGAAGACUACGACGUGUUUCUUUGGUUGUUUUAUUUCUGUCAGUGUGUGGGGGAAAAAAAACGAGGAUAUCUUAAUUGGACAUGUGAGUUACGGGAAUUAACAAGACAAGCAGCCUUUUCGAAGAUGAAGUUCCACGUUUGCGUUCUCGUCACUUUGCUGGUGAUCGGAUCGAGUGCAGCGCAGUCAGUUUGUCCCGGCACAGAGAACAAGUUGAGCACUCUGUCUGACCUGGACCAGCAGUACCGCACCCUGAAGAAGCUCUACGAGAACUGUGAAGUCGUAAUGGGCAAUUUGGAGAUUACCAGCAUCGAUCGAAACCGCAACCUCUCCUUCCUCAAGUCAAUCAGAGAAGUGACCGGCUACGUGUUGGUGGCUCUAAAUCAGUUCGACUACCUGCCGCUGGAGAACCUGCGGAUCGUCCGUGGCACCAAGCUGUACGAGGGACGCUACUCUCUGGCCAUCUUCCUCAACUACAGGCGGGACGGGUACUACGGCCUGAGGCAACUGGGCCUGCGCAACCUCACAGAGAUCCUGAAUGGGGGUGUUUAUGUUGACCAGAACAAAUUUCUGUGCCAUGCGGACACCAUCCAUUGGCGAGACAUUAUCAAGAACCCUCAGGCUGAGCUGCUGGUGGUACCAUCCAACAACAGCAACCUUGGAUGCAGACGCUGUCAUCGCUCAUGUAACGGACGCUGCUGGGGCCAUCAGGAAGACCAGUGUCAAACCUUGACAAAGACAGUGUGUGCAGAGCAGUGUGACGGGCGAUGCUUCGGGCCUUACGUCAGCGACUGCUGCCAUCGCGAGUGUGCCGGCGGCUGCUCGGGCCCCAAGGACACGGACUGCUUCGCUUGCACCAAUUUCAACGACAGCGGAGCAUGCGUGACCCAGUGCCCUCAGCCGUUUGUGUACAACCCCACUUCUUUUCAGUUAGAGCACAAUCCCAGAGCCAAGUACACCUAUGGAGCGUUUUGUGUCAAGAAAUGCCCACAUAAUUUCGUGGUGGACCACAGCUCCUGUGUCAGAGCAUGUCCCAGCAACAAGAUGGAAGUGGAGGAGAACCGCAUUAAAAUGUGCAUUCCCUGUACUGACAUCUGUCCUAAAGUGUGUGAUGGCAUAGGGACGGGCAGCCUGCAGACAGCUCAAACUGUGGAUGCCAGCAAUAUUGAUAAAUUUGUCAACUGCACCAAAAUAAACGGCAACCUCAUCUUCCUCAUUACAGGCAUUAAAGGGGACAUGUAUCAUGGUAUUGGACCUUUGGACCCUGAGCGUCUAAACGUGUUCCGCACUGUAAAGGAGAUAACAGGUUAUCUCAACAUCCAGUCUUGGCCUGAAAAUAUGACCGAUCUGAGUGUUUUUUCAAGCCUGGCAACCAUUGGAGGUAGAUCCCUUUACAGUGGAAGUGGUAUUUCUCUGUUGAUCUUGAAGCAGCGUUGGAUCUCAUCGCUUCAGUUCCAGUCGCUGGACGAGAUCAGCGCCGGAAGCGUGUACAUCUUCAACAACAGCCGCCUGUGCUUCUACAACACCGUCAACUGGACGUCUCUCUUUAGGACCUCGAGCCAGAAAGUCCUCAUCCGCAACAACCGAGAUCCGAAGGAAUGUAUUCAGCAGCGAAUGGUGUGUGAUCGGAUGUGUUCGGACGACGGGUGCUGGGGCCCGGGGCCUGACCAGUGUCUUUCCUGCCGAUAUUUCAGACGAGGCCGAACCUGUGUUGAGUCCUGCAACCUCUUUGAUGGGGAAAUGCGUGAAUUUGCCAAUGGAUCUGUGUGUCUGGAGUGUGAUAGCCAGUGUGAGAAGAUGGAUGGGAAUACCAUGACAUGUCUUGGCCAGGGCCCGGACCAGUGUGUGAAAUGCCUCCACUUCAAAGAUGGACCCAACUGUGUGGAGAAGUGCCCCGAUGGGUUGCAGGGGGCCAACAGUUUCAUCUUCAAGUACGCCAAGGCCAACAACGAGUGUCAUCCCUGCCAUGCCAACUGCACCCAGGGGUGCGUCGGGCCAAGACUCCAAGAUUGUGUCGGGAUGAUGGACAGGACGCCACUAAUAGCAGCUGGCAUUAUCGGCGGCCUAUUUAUCAUCGUCAUUCUGGCGCUCAGCGUGGCCGUUACUGUCCGACGCAAGAGUAUCAAGAAGAAGAGGGCUUUGCGGCGCUUCUUGGAGACAGAGCUGGUGGAACCCCUGACCCCCAGUGGAACGGCCCCUAACCAGGCUCAGCUGCGGAUCCUGAAAGAAACUGAGCUGAAGAGAGUCAAGAUUCUGGGCUCUGGAGCUUUUGGAACAGUCUACAAGGGCAUCUGGGUCCCAGAAGGUGAGACGGUGAAGAUCCCUGUGGCUAUUAAAAUCCUCAACGAGACCACCGGUCCUAAAGCCAACGUGGAGUUCAUGGACGAGGCCCUGAUCAUGGCCAGCAUGGAGCACCCCCACCUGGUGCGUCUGCUGGGCGUGUGCCUGAGCCCCACCAUCCAGCUGGUCACCCAGCUCAUGCCUCAUGGCUGCCUCCUUGACUACGUGCACGAGCACAAGGACAACAUUGGAUCGCAGCUGCUGCUCAACUGGUGUGUCCAAAUUGCCAAGGGGAUGAUGUACCUGGAGGAGAGGAGGCUGGUCCACAGGGACCUGGCAGCCCGCAACGUGCUGGUGAAGUCGCCCAAUCACAUUAAGAUCACCGACUUCGGCCUGGCGCGGCUGCUAGACGCUGACGAGAAGGAGUACAACGCAGACGGGGGCAAGAUGCCCAUUAAAUGGAUGGCUCUUGAAUGCAUCCACUACAGGAAGUUCACCCAUCAGAGUGACGUGUGGAGUUAUGGAGUGACCAUUUGGGAACUGAUGACAUUUGGAGGCAAACCAUACGACGGCAUCCCCACGCGAGAAAUCCCAGACAUUCUGGAGAAAGGGGAGCGUCUGCCCCAGCCACCCAUUUGCACAAUAGAUGUCUACAUGGUGAUGGUCAAAUGCUGGAUGAUUGACGCAGACAGCAGGCCGAAGUUCAAGGAGCUGGCUGCGGAGUUCUGCAGAAUGGCCCGUGACCCCCAGCGAUACCUGGUCAUCCAGGGAGAUGACCGCAUGAAGCUUCCCAGCCCCAACGACAGCAAGUUCUUCCAGAGCCUUCUGGACGAGGAGGACCUGGACGACUUGAUGGAUGCUGACGAGUAUCUGGUGCCUCGGGGUUUUAACAUGGUUCCUCCGUCAUACACAACCAGGCCUCGCGUUGACUCCAACAGAAACCAGUUUGGCUAUCGAGAUGGUGGUCCAAACCCUGCAGAGGCCUCUCUGGCAGGUGCCCAAGCCUGCGUGAACCAGGAUGCCACAGGUGGACCGGGUCCGGCCCUGGAAGACCAACGCUGUAACGGGAGCCUGCAUAAGAAGAGCCAGGCUGGGGGAGAGGACAGUGGGGGCCAGAGGUACAGCGCUGACCCCACCAUCUUCUUGGGGGAGAGGGCGACCAGAGGGGACACUGAUGAGGACGGAUACAUGACACCCAUGAAGGACAAGAGCUCCUCAGAAUAUCUCAAUCCCAUUGAGGAAAACCCAUUUGUAUCGCGACGUAAGAACGGUGAGAUCCAUGCCUUGGAUAACCCGGGCUACCACAGCACACCCAACAGCCAGCCCAAAGGAGAGGAUGAGUACAUCAACGAGCCCCUAUACCUCAACACCUUCCACAGCCCCGCGGAGCUGGGCCUGGAAGCUCUGAGGAGAAAUGGUCUGCCCUUACCCACCCAGUCUUCUUCUUCCAUCCCUUCUUCGGGCUCCCACCUCCCGCUUACUAUCCAGGCGAGCCUGCCCCACUACCCCCUCCCCACGGCCCAACCCUCUCCAUCUGGCAUGCCUUGCCACCACGGCCCACCGACCCACAUCCUCCAUGCCCACCACACCAUCAAACCUGCAGGACAACCUGGCAAUCCAGGUGGCGGCUCCGUCAGCCAGAGCGAAACAGGAACUACUGCCCAAGCCCAGGUGUGCCAGUCAGGUGCCCUGUCCACUUCGGCCACCAUUGGGCACGGCAGCCUGCCAGCAUAUCAGAUCCAUGCUACCAUGCACCCAGCCAACACUAGCCUACUGAAGCACGGACAGACGUCAGGUAAAGUCAGCGGGAAAAAGCUGAAGGUAACCUUUGACAAUCCAGAAUACUGGCAGCACAGCUUGCCUCCCAAAUCGUCUAACCAGGCGGUCCCUGACGGCGCACAGGGCGGUUCCACCAACACCAAGCUGUUCUAUAAGCAGAAUGGACACAUACGGCCUGCGGUAGCUGAAAACCCUGAAUACAUGUCUGAGUUUUCCCUGAAAUCUGGCACCGUCUUGCCACCUCCACCCUACCGGCAGCGGAACACUGUGGUCUAAAUCGUUUCACUUGACAAAAGUUCCCCAAUCAGACUCUAGCCUCCAGCAACCCAGACAUCCUCUCCGGUUCCACUGUUCCACACAGAGGGGAGUGGCCACAACCAAGAGGCCCCAACUCUUUCCAAAUAACGUGCCAUCUGCUGUAGCUGUAGCGACAUCAGAGCGAUGUGGAACGAACCGAGCCAGGCAGACCCAACUCACGCACCUUUACUAUAUCCAAUCCAGUCCAUUUAUGUCCUGUAGAUAGAGACUCUGUCACUGAAAAUGUGAAGGUUACGGUAGUUUUUGGCAUACAACGGACACAUGACUGUCACAUAGCAGGGCGCGUAUCGUGUUGUCCCGGCGAGGCAGAACACAAUGGCGUCAUACAAGAUGGAUUCAGCUUAUGGGACCUGAACUCACUGCCAGCCACUGUGGUGUCCAAUUCAUGAAAGGAACAAUAUGUUUUAUUAUUUUUCCCAACAUAAAGGUCAGAGGAUGAACAAUACGUUUCGAAGGGUUUCUGAAAUAAGCAACCAGACCGAGAAAAUAGUCUGUUAGAUGUCAAGAUAUCUUGUUUUGUGAAUGACCUUAUAUGAGUGAGGCAAAAUAUGGAGGAUACAUGACUGAAAGGGUUUAGUCAAGACAUCCAGCAACGUAAAAGACGGAGCACUGAAAGCUCAUCAAUCCUAUUCAUUCUUUUGCCUAAAGGAGUAUACUGAAUAUUCUCAAGUUUACCAUCAAAUAUGUGAAACUCAUCUCCUCUUUCUACUGUAACUGUGAUACUGUGAUUGUCAGAACUACAGUGAUCCCUCCUUUGUAGUUUGACCAUGGGCCGCUGUUUAGUUGUUUUUGGUUGACUGCUGUCUUGGAAAAACUGAAAAAAAAAAAAAAAAAAAAAAAAAAAUACACUGUAAACAUUUUUAUAAACACUGGUGUCAGUGCUGAGAAGAUGGAUUUUUAUACACUGGUUUUCCCAUUUAGACCAUGAAGCUACCUUACAUUAGAGUACAGAUCUUUGUAUGUGCUGAAUAGUAGGACCAUCCAUAAAGCAGCUCAACUCAAAAUGGUGAUAAUAGAGACAGAGUGAGGGAGAGAGUAAACAAUUCUACUUCCAUAGAAGCUGCCUAAUGAAGACCUCAAGGAAUGAACAAGACAGUACCAGCAGAGCACAGUAAAACCAGACUUGUGUGUGUGUGUGUGUGUGUGUGUGUGUGUGUGUGUGUGUGUGUGUGUGUGUGUGUGUGUGUGUGUGAGUGUCUGUGUGAAUGAGCCAAGCGCGUAUUAGCAAACCACUUUGGCCCCACAGAAAACAUCUGUGGAAAAUAAAUAAGAGAUAUGGCAGAAGUCGGUGAUGACACGGUCGGCAGCUUCAGUACUGCUGCUAACCAACAGGCAACUCAACACUGGUCCGACCACAAAGGUUUCCACCAUAUGACUGCUGUUAAGUAGAAUACGUUUUUUUUAAUGUCUUGGAUCAAAAGCUCAUUGAGUGGCCCAACAUCAUCAAAUCUCUAGAUUUCCAUCAUUCAUCGAUGGCACUUUGUAAAUCAAUAGCCUGGAGUAAUGAUUCAUUUUUUUUUUUGGUCUGAGGUGGCCAAGUGACCUGCACAGUUUUAAACCAUUAAGUUGUUUAAUUUAGACAAAUAAUCACAGACAAAGAUGUAAAUUAUAGUUACGUAUUGUAACUCCAGAUUCUAUGAGUAUAGGCUUCACCCUCUAAGAGCUAUUGCUAUUGGGUUUAGCAAUAGCUCUUAGAGGGCGAAGCCUAUACAAAACAGAACGAUAGUAAGAGCUAUUGGGUUUAUCCCUUCGUGUGAAAGGAUAAACCCAAUAGCAAUAGCUCUUAGAGGGCGUUGGCCUAUACGAAAUAGAGCCACAUCUGUUUUAAUUAGACUGUCUUAAAGUUUGUGAUAAGGGGCUGUCAUUUGCUCUUUGGCAAUUGGCAGUGGUUGAAAAUCCAAUUGUUUGAUAUUGUUGAAGGACCUUGUUGCCCAGAAGUCAAAACCCGCCAGACUACUAACCUACCAACCUCGUUUCCUAGAAAUUAUGUUCAUAUUCAACUAAUUUGAAACAGCAAAUACGUUUUAAGGAAAACACAAGUGCCCCAAUUCUUCUGUUGUCUAAACUGAACCGCAUUCAGGAUGCAAACUCUGGUCUCUAGUGGCAAAGGAUAUAAUAAUACUAAUACUGUAGAACACUGCUUGCCCCUUUUACACUCAAGAAGAAUUGUCCCCACCCUCACUACUGAUGCCUCUGCAGGCAAACUUCCAGUCAACGCUGCUAAAAGCGCUGGUGUUACAGCCAUUAUUUUUUCCACCAAGCCAUACAGAAGACCUGUGGGUGGGAAAAUACUAGAAAAACUUGCCAAACUUCAAAGAUCAAGGGGGAACAUUUUGUAAUGAUGGUUGACCUCAGAAAGCCUCUUCCAAGAAUCACAUCUUAGCUCAAUCAAUAUGAACAAAAUGGGGUAGUUUCUGAACCUUUAGCUGGUGUUCCCAGCCAUUAUCUGUGCUUUUUUUUUUUUUUUUUUUUUACAUUACUAGUGUAAUUGCUAUUUAUCAUUCUGCUAUGGCAGACCCCUGUCCAAGCAGUUUUCUCGUAGGUAGGAUAUUUAUUUAGUGUAUUUUAAUGCUUCUUCUGUGUGUGAAAGUGUUCGUCUUAGUAAGCUGUAUAUGUUUGCCCUCCCCAUGGAGCACUUUGCUCAAACACGCGGGUAGAAAGAAAGAUUUUCCACUCUUUCGUUACUGGAAUAUUCAGCUGGUUCAUGUGGUCAUUUAUCACUACUGUCCUUGUUACCAGGUUGUUGUUUUUGUCUGCUUCAAACAGCAUUUAUAAUGCUUCUUUGAUGAAAUUGUGAUUAUUUGAUGGAGUAUUUUGUAGUCCCCUUUUGGAGCUCUAAUUUACUGAAAUAGAGACGGCAUUUAAAAUCAAUGUGAAAUAUUCAUAGCGCGUUUGAGCUUGUUUAUACUGAGCGAUGGAGGCGUCUGCCAAAUCUGUUUCAAGAAGAAAAAAAAGGAGAAAAAAACAAACGCCUUGGUGUCUCUCUUGUUUGGUCUAAAUUAUCUUGAAGACCCAGGCAAAAUAUGGGUUUGAAUCGAGAAUAGAUUAACACUGAUGAGACGAUUGGCCUCACAUGAAAGUAUGGCACUCUGCAUCCCACCGCUUUCAAUUGAAUCUUCUCGAGAGUUCAUUUCCAGAAGAGGAAGAAAAAAAAAAAUACCGGUAGUUUGUCAAAUCUUGUCAAAGGCCUUGGUUACUGUUUUUACACAGUCUGUUUUCUAUUUGUGGAAGCAAUCAUUUUUCCCCUCUACUGACUAAUAUCUCAUUUCAGACAUAUUUCACCUUGGCGUUGGACUGUGUUACCUGCUGCUAUUAGUCUCAGCCCUUAACACUCGUGUGGCUCAUGGCAGUUCAAGAACACACCAUGGCGAGUGGUGUUUAAGACUGAUCCCUUUUCUUUUUAUUUCUACUUUUUACCGUUUCCUCCGAGCCAAGGUGCAGAGGCAUGUAGCCGUGUUGUACUAAAGUGCAUCCUUUAAUAUUUCAUACCAACCAUAUAGGCUGCGUUAGACUCUAAUGUAUAGUACAAUGUCACCUUGCAUGGUACCCAAAGUGAGUGUUUUACUGCCCUCCACCUUUUGUAUCUCUUCAUUUGAUUGACAGUAUUAUAUUUUGAUUUCGGCGUGGGAGAAAAGAACCCCGUUUUUCUUUUCUUUUUACUGAAUUCAGUAGCACAAACUGGGAAUCCUUAUUUCUGAAAUCUUUCAUGGGAUUUUUUUUUGUUGUUGUUUGUGUACAGUACUGUGUAUAGUCUUUUAUUAUUGAGUCAUUUCCCAUAUUUUAAAGGCUGUUUUUCUUCAAGGAGAAGACUUGAAUCUAUAUGAUUUAUUUUUUUCCACUAUUGUGUUGUUUACUGCACAUUAUUGAACAUGUUUGUCAUUCUCGCUAGUUGUUAAUUGCACAAAUCAUCGCAUUCAUUUUCUGUGUUUAAAUGAUCAGAUCAAUAUAAAUGUACAGAAUCUUUGGGGGGGUUUUCCUCCAAAACGUAUCUAACACACUUCAACAACAAAUGUGAAUAGUAUUUUUAUAUAAAGCACUGAAAUGGCCAACGGGGGGGUGAAUUUGUAAAUACAGGAGGCAAUGCUUUGAAUUUAUAUGGUCUUCUCUCCUACUGCUGUUUUCUCCUGCUUCUAACAACUUGUACAAAAAGAGCCGUACAUAUUUGCUUUAUGUAAGUGUACCUUUUUGACUAAUGGGAAUCUGAUUUUAAAAGUGCUUGUUGACCCUUUCUCAUGUGAAACUCUUGUGAAGCCCCCUUUUUUUUUUUUUUUUUUUUCCAGAGCUUUGUGGCUGUCCUCCCAUAAUGUUUGAGUUUCAACCCGUUCUCACUCCAAACUCGUAAAAUAUGGACGUUUGGGCAGUGGCUUCAGACUGUCAGCGUCUGAAGUGAUGGCAAAAGCGCCCUUCAGCGUGUUUGUAGAAUGUACCGGGGAGAGC